GUUCCCAUGCAGUCUGCUACGUUCAUUUGAUACUAUAUAAAUUGCUGUAUCUUGUUCUCUCUUCAUCAUCAUCGAUUGCAGAGGUUCUUCGAUCAUCUAUAUUCUUCAACAUCGUCCCAUAAGUAUUCGAUCAAUCAAAAAAAAAAAAAAACAUCGUCCCAUAGGUGUAAUGGAUUUUCUUUCCACUGCUUUACCACCCACAGUAAUAAGUUUAGCUGUAAUACUCUUGGCCGUUAUUUUUUGGCCGGCGAAGAACAAGAGGUACCCUCCUAUUGCCGGAUCUGUCUUGCACCAAGUCAUCAAUUUCCCAAGGCUGCAUCAUUACCACGCUGAGCUUGCAUGCAAGUACAAAACUUACAGGAUACUAGACUUGUUCAAACAUGCUGUUUACACAGUAGAUCCUGCAAAUGUGCAAUACAUACUCAAAACAAAUGUUGCAAACUAUGGCAAGGGAUUUUACCUGCAUAGCAUUCUGUCCGAUCUUAUGGGAGAUGGAAUCUUCGCUGUGGAUGGGGACAAAUGGCUGCAUCAAAGGAAGACAUCAGGCUCUCACUUCUCAACCAAAGUACUUAGAGACUUCAGUAGUGAAAUCUUCAAAACCAAUGGGGUAAAACUUGCUGGCAUAAUUUAUGAAGCUGUAACCUGCGACGAAUCAAUGGAUAUCCAAGACUUGUUUAUGAAAUCAACCUUGGAUUCAAUCGUCAAGAUUCUACUCGGCAUCGAACUAGGCACCAUGUCUGGAACAAAUAAUGAAGAAAAUAUUCGGUUUUCCAAUGCUUUUGAUGAUGCAAACCAAGCUACCCUUUAUCGUAUUUAUGAUAUCUUCUGGAAGAUCAAGCGGUUCCUGAACAUUGGUAGCGAAGCAGUGCUAAGAAAAAAUAUAGCAGUGGUGGAUCACUUUAUAUACAAAUUAAUCAACAGAAAGAUUGAAACAUUCCAUAAUUCAGAAAAUGAUAAGCUAUAUUUAAAGAAAAGAGACUUUAUCUCAAGCGUUUUGGAAACUAGUGAGACCGAUCCAAAGUACUUGAGAGACAUGGUCCUAAAUUUUAUUGCAGCCGGCAAAGACACAACUGCUUCUGCUCUUUCAUGGUUUUUUUAUAUGAUGUGCAAGCAUUUCGAUAUACAGGAAAAGAUUGCACGGGAAGUUAGAGAAGCAACAGGUCUGAAUAAUACUUCAAGUGUUGAUGAACUUGCAGCCAAUCUUACUGAAGAAGCUCUUAGCAAAAUGCACUAUCUUCAUGCAGCUUUGACUGAGACACUCAGACUAUAUCCUACGGUUCCAUUGGAUGCAAAAGUUUGUUUUUCUGAUGAUAUCUGGCCAGAUGGAUUUAGUGUCAAAAAAGGAGAAAUGGUGGUAUACCAAAUUUAUUCAAUGGGCCGGAUGAAGUUUUUAUGGGGUGAUAAUGCAGAAGAGUUUCGGCCAGAGAGAUGGCUUGACGAAAAUGGAAAUUUCAAGGAAGAAAGCGCUUUCAAAUUCAUAGUCUUUAAUGCUGGUCCAAGAAUUUGUGUAGGGAAAGAGUAUGCUUAUAUGCAGAUGAAGAUCGUUUCUGCUAUUCUUUUAGGUAGCUACAAAUUCAAGAUGAGUGACGAGAAAAAACCAGUCAAUUACAAAACGAUGUUCACCCUCCAUAUCGAUGAAGGUUUUCAUGUUAAUGCCUCUCCAAGAGUUUGACCGUGCAAGAAAGUUAGAUUAUCUUUUUUGUUUCAAACAUUUUUCACUUGCCUAUCAAUGUUAAUUAUUGUAGUAGGAAGCGUCAUUGGUUGUUCCAAUUGAAAAUAAAAGAGGCUAGUCCUCUUCUUUAAGCAAAUAGUUUUGUUUCUUGUUUCUUUGAUAGAUCAACAACUUGUAGUUACAUAUAAGUGCAUCUUUAAAUGUUUUUUUAACCAUAA